AUGCAGCUCAUUUAUCGCGAACUGAAUGAGGAGGUGCUGCAACGCACUAAUGCCAUGUUUCCGACAAAGAAUUGUUUCGUUGAGGUGCUGCCCGAUAAGUUGAUUAUACCACGAAAAUAUAUAGAAUUGGGCGAGACCAUACGCCAGCUGACCGUUUAUGAGGACGAUGUGUGGAUGGUGUCGUAUCCACGCACUGGCUCCACAUGGGCGCAGGAAAUGGUCUGGCUCUUGGGUCAUCAACUGGACUUCGAGACAGCCAAGCAGCAGUUGGCGCUGCGAUCACCAAUGAUCGAGCUGUCGGCGCUUUUUAGCACAGAUCAUCAUGAAUGGGUUGCUGAAGCCUUUGGCAACACUGUCGACGUGGUGCGGAACUUGUCACGGCCACGCUACGCACGUUCCCAUCUCUCCUGGCAGCUGCUGCCCGAACAAUUCGAGACCAUCAAACCGAAAAUCGUCUACACCGCGCGCAAUCCCAAGGAUCUGUGUGUGUCCUACUAUCACUAUUGCAAACUGUUACAUGGUCUAAAUGGAAGUUUCAAAGAAUUUGUGGAACUCUUCCUGGCCGGGCAUACCCCCAUGGGCUCCUACAUGAAGCAUGUGCUGCCCUUCUGGAAGCGCAGUCUCGAUGACAAUGUGCUUUUCAUUAAAUAUGAGGACAUGAGUCGUGACUUGCCUGCCGUAGUCCGACGUUGUGCCAAAUUUUUAAAUGUUUCCCAUUUGCUGACCGAAGCGAGUAUGGAACGCAUUUGCGAGCACCUGAAAUUCGACAAUAUGCAAGGCAACAAAGCCGUUAAUCUGGAAGCUGUUAUCAAACAAAAUGAUACAAAAUUCAUACGCAACGGCAAAAUCGGUGAUUGGCGCAAUCAUAUGGACGCGGAGAUGUCAGAACGAUUUGAUGCCUGGACUGUGGAACAUACUCGUGGCAGUGGAUUGAUCUUUGAUUAUGACCCCAACGAAUCUCUUGAUCAGGUAGGACCACAAGGCAACGUCUCGGACUCGACCGAUGCCUUCGGCUCUAACAGCAGCAGCAGCAACGCCCAUACUGCUAAUAAUUACAGCUACGGUAGCGGUGCCAUUGGCCAGCUAGCCAAUGGUUGCAAUAAUCCAUCUUCAUCGUCGGUCUAUCAGAGAUAUGUGGCCAGAAUGGUGACGGAGCGGCAUGCAGCCGAAUACAAUAUGCGUCACAAGCAUCGAGGCAUGGCCCUGAUCUUCAAUCACGAACACUUUGAGGUGCCGACGCUGAAAUCGCGAGCAGGCACGAAUGUUGAUUGUGAGAAUCUGGUACGCGUGCUCAAGCAGCUGGAUUUCGACGUGACUGUGCAUAAGGAUUGUCGCUUCAAGGAGAUAAAGCGACUGAUUGAUUGGGCUGCAUCGCAGGAUCACAGCGACAACGAUUGCAUCCUGGUGGCUGUUCUCUCACACGGCGAGCUCGGCUACAUCUACUCCAAGGACACACAGUACAAGCUGGACAACAUUUGGAGUUGCUUCACAGCUAAUCACUGCCCCUCUCUUGCCGGAAAGCCAAAGCUCUUCUUCAUCCAGGCUUGCCAGGGCGAUCGUCUGGAUACAGGUGUCACAAUGGCCAAAACUGAAACGGAUGGCGACUCCUCCAUGAGCUACAAAAUACCUAUACACGCCGACUUUCUCAUUGCCUACUCGACCAUUCCGGGCUUCUAUUCGUGGCGCAACACCACCAGAGGAAGUUGGUUUAUGCAGUCCCUCUGCGCCGAACUUGCCGCCAAUGGCAAACGCCUAGACAUCCUCACUUUGCUUACGUUUGUGAACCAGCGCGUAGCCGUUGACUUCGAGUCCUGCACUCCGGAUACACCGGAAAUGCAUCAGCAGAAGCAGAUACCGUGCAUUACCACCAUGUUGACGCGCAUUUUGCGCUUCAGCGAUAACCAAGCGACGAUACCUGAAAAGGAAUAUACGGAUAUGAACAACUCACUGAUUGACCCUGCCGAUGAUUUUGUGCUUACAUCACUUUAUUCUUAAAACGGUUUGUGUUCUACAAAACAAUUACUUUUUACUUAAUGCACUACGCUGGGAGGGGAGUUGGAAGGGUGGGGGAUAAAAUAGAAUUCUCCAUAGAAUGGACGUAUAA